AUGGCCUACAAUCAGUACAAUAACAGGCAUUCAAUGUAUUCACCUCCUCCUGAGAAUACCCCUCAUCGGACCCAAAGACCAUACUCUACAGUAUACCCUCCUUCUUCGAACGACUUCAUUCAACCUCCUCCACCACCCAGACCAUCCUCAGCAUAUAUAGCACCUUUUCCUGGUCAGUCACACAAUGAUCAUCCCACUUAUCAACCUCCCUACCCUCCGGUAAAUAACGACAAUCCACCUCAGCGAUACUCAUCUUUAAACCCAAACAUGGGACAGGCAUUGUAUCAACCUCAGCCUGUGUCGCUGGUCGAUCCUCCCGAUAUCUUACCUCCUAGAUCAUCAUCGUUAUCUGCACCAGAAUUAGAAAACUAUACUGAGGGGAAUUACAGCAAUAAUGCUUCUCAGCACUACAAUACCCCGUUAUACCCCCCUUUAACACCAUCAAAAACUCCUUACCAAGCUCCCUUCGACCUACAAAGCCAAACCUUUAACUCACCACCACCCGAGCCAGGUGCUCAAGGCUUCUCACCGGCCCGUCACCACACUCCAUCGAUCGCAUCUAGUUUAUCUUCACUCGUUCUCGAUACAAGCGAUAUGCAGCAUCAAGCAUUUCCCUCAUCUUCCUCCUCUUCAUUGUCAUCCGCAUCUGCCGCUACCGAACCACCACGUACAGUCUCUUUGCCUACCAUCGAAGGUCUGCAAAGCGAUGCGGCUACACUAGAUGCAGCGGAGGAUAUGGAUGAGGUACUAUGGGCGCAGGACGUACUUCGAUUGGUAGAUAGACAAUUGACCCCUAGUGGAGGGGGUGGUCCAACAGAUUUCACUCAUUCAGAAUCUUCUCCAACUAACAUUUCCAGAUUAUCGCCAAGCCUGAAAGACCUAUUGGAAAAUGCCGUCCCCAUAAUCAUCGUCGUCUCCACAUCACCUAAUACAAAAGCCUCAGCAUUGGCUUUAUAUCUGAAAGCGAAAUUGCAAUCUUCGGGAAUAUGUCAAGAGAUGUUACCUAGAAAUCAAAGAUUGGCUUUUAAAGAUUUCGAAAGUGCUGCUAGAAAUGGCGAAACGAGGGGUUGGUUCAGGCUUGGAAGGGAUUACGAAGGUGUGAAUGAUAUGAGUAGGGCAAAGGAUUGUUAUGAACGAGGAAUGAAAAGGGGCGAUUGUGAAUGCACUUACCGAAUGGGGAUGGCCCAUCUCCUUGGUCAACUCAACCUCCCUACAAACCCUUCCACCGCUCUAUCACUCCUCCGUCAAGCUUCAGAUAAUUCUACCGUCGAUUUUCCCCAGCCUUCAUACGUGUACGGAAUGCUCCUAGCAGGGGAAUUGUCGGUACCAACGGAAAUACCGGCCAACUUGGUUUUACCACCUACUUCGGUCCCCUCCGAGGCAUUGUAUUCUCAAUGGACAUUAGCCAGAGAUGCUAUAGAAAGAGCGGCAUACUUCUCUUACCCGCCUGCGCAGUAUAAAGCUGGUCAUUUAUACGAGCAUGCGGAGUUGGGUACACCAUACGACCCGCUGGUCAGUGUCAAUUGGUAUACCUACGCAAGCAAGAAUGGAGAGAAGGAAGCGGAUAUGGCUCUAUCUAAAUGGUUUUUAUGUGGAGCAGAGGGGCAUUUCCCAAAGAAUGAAAGUUUGGCUAGAACAUUUGCGGAAAAGGCUGCAAGGAAGAAUCACCCGAAUGGAUGUUUCGCUUUGGGAUAUUACUUCGAACUCGGUGUUGGGGGAAGGAGAGAUCUAGACCAAGCUAAGAAAUGGUAUCAGAAGGCCGCCAAUCUAGGUAACACUGAUGCUCCACUGCGAUUAUCCGCUCUAUCGGCCCCUGUACCCACCUCAAUAUCCAUGGCCGAGCAUGAGACCCGCUUGAACGAUACUUUGGUCCGACGUCGUACUCAAGCUAAAAUUCGGUCUGAUCGACAAUCAAUCUCUCGACCUACUCGUCGACAUAAUCAACAGGCUCCACAGCAAGCUACGCCAAUGCCUAUGCCACAAGCUUACACCUCACCUAGACCACCCGAAUGGGAUCACCGUCAAGCUACACCGGUAAAUGUGCCCAUGCCUAUGCCUAUGCCUACAUCUUCUCCGUCACCCAUCUCCCCGGCAAUAAGGGUAGGACAAAUCAUGUCUCCCAACAUCAACAAUACGGGGUAUAUACCUUCUUCCAACUCGUUCCCUAGCAGACCACCAAUCCCUCAUCAAUCUUUCAACCAGGGUCCAAACUUGGAUAAACACAAUCAGACUUUCCCAAAUAAUCGAAGACCCCAACAAGGAAGGAUCGAUGAGAAUGGAAGACGUCGACCUCCAUCGGGUGUUUCUACCAGUACUUCGUUGAGUGAUUUACCGAUCCCCGACGAAAGGAAUAAACCACCAAAGAAGGAAGCUCAGACUUUUGCGGAGAUGGGAUUUCAAAGUAAACCUGUAGAAGAGGAGGGAUGUGUGGUCAUGUAG